AUGGCGGCGGCCGGCGAGGAGAGCCUGCGCGCGCUCUACCGUUGGGUCGACGCCAUCCCGCUGUCCCGGCCCAAACGGAACAUGGCCCGCGACUUCAGCGACGCAGUGCUGGCCGCCGAGGUGGUGAAGUUCCACUUGCCGGCGCUCGUGGAGCUGCACAGCUACGUGCCCGCCAGCUCCACGCAGCAGAAACUCGCCAACUGGGGGCACCUCAACAGGAAGGUGCUGAGCAAGCUGGGCGCCCGCGUGCCCGACGACGUGAUCCGCAAGAUCGUGCAGUGCCGCCCGGGGCUCGUGGAGCAGGUGCUGGUCCUGCUGCGCCAGCGCAUCGAGGAGCGGCAGCGGCAGCAGCGGCAGCGCGGCCGGCCCCCGCCGGGACCCCCCGAGGAGCCGGGCGCGCGGGCAGCGCACGGACAGGACGGCCGCUUGGACGCAGGCUGCUCCGCCAAGGGGAAGAGCCGCGAGCGAGCGGGCCCGGCGUCCCCGCCGGCACACAGGCUGCGCAAGGGCCAGCACGGCGCCGCGCAGGCGGCCCCGGGGGACACGGCCGCCCACCUGCAGCCGGCCGAGACGGAGCAGGCCCUGCUGCUGGCGCGGGAGACCAUCCAGAUCCUGCAGGCCAAGGUGCGCAGGCUGGAGCAGCUGCUGCGUCUCAAGAACAUCCGCAUCGAGGACCUGAGCGCGCGGCUGCGCGCGGCCCAGCGCCCGCCCGGCCCCCACAGCCCCCCGGCGCCAUCGUGA